AACUAAACAAAAUGUUAUGAAUAAACUACUAAAAUUUAUUCGAUCCACAUAAUUAUGUCAGAAUGACCCCCUCAUCACUUUGUUUUAUCGUGUGUAAAAGUCCGCUGCUAGCGGCAAAAGGACGCUUUAUCAAAGGAACGCGGUAUUUGUCAAAGAAAAGUUGCGUCUUUGAUUCCCGCCGCAUUUUCUAGGAACUUCGGGCGGCGAGUUUGACGGGAACAUUCAAGACAUCGUUCGCGGCGAUAUUAAUGUUGCGAUUGCAGGGAUUUGAAUUUUGAGUCAGUCUGAGUAGCAACUUGAAAGCAACACGUCGAUAUUGUUGAACAGCGCAAAAUGAGUGCGGUGAAAAAAAGUAAAACGUAUCAUUUUAAUAACGAUUGGGAGGAAGAAUUUUUUUUUUGUAUGGUGAAGGAUAAGUGCAUCUGUCUCAUUUGCCGUGCGUCAGUAGCAAUGCCUAAGCGUGGGAACUUAGAGAGGCCUCAUAAAACAGUUCAUAAAAACUAUGAAAAGGAUUUUCCGUCGCAGAGCGAAUUAAGAAAACGAAAAGUACGUGAUUUGUUAGCUUGUUUGAAAAAAGAACAAGCCAUGUUCACAAGACCAGUGAAACAAUCAAAAGCUGCAACGAUCGCGUCAUUUAAAAUAUCUCAUAUAUUGGCGAAACACAAGAAACCAUUUGAAGAUGGAUCGGUUGUGAAGGAAGCAUUUAUUGAAGCGGGAGAAACUUUAUUUGCAGAAUUUAAAAAUAAAACUGAAAUUAUAUCUGCUAUUAAAGAACUUCAGUUAUCUCGUGCAACUGUCACGAGGCGUGUUGAAGUCAUGAGUCAGGACAUGGCAGAUCAACUAAAACAUGAUAUCAUGAAAUCUACAUACUUUUCUUUACAGUUCGAUGAAUCCACCGAUAUUACAGACACUGCCCAGCUAUGUAUUUUUAUUCGAAUGGUUUUCAGUGACAUGUCAGCCAAGGAAGAGUUUUUGACAAUGAUUCCUCUGAAAGGAAAGACCCGUGGCGAGGAUAUAUAUGACGCUUUUUUCAAUUUUGUAAAAUAUUAUAAGCUACCAAUAUAUAAAUUAGUAUGCAUUACAACUGAUGGAGCACCAGCAAUGAUUGGAAACAAAAACGGUUUUGUGGCAUUGUGUCGAGCUAAUGACGAUUUCCCUUCAUUUUUCUCCUUCCAUUGCAUUAUACAUCAACAAGUUUUGUGUUCAAAAGUUCUAAAUAUGGAGGAGAUUAUGGGCAUUGCAAUAAAAAUUGUGAAUUCCAUCCGUGCACGUAGUUUGCAGCGGCGGCUUUUUACAUUGCAGUUAGAAAAUAGUGAGUUGGCUGAACACACUGAUUUAGUUCUUCACACAGACGUCAGGUGGUUGAGUCGCGGAAAAUUUCUAGAAAGGUUUCAAGAAUUAUUGCCCGAAAUAACCGCUUUUAUGGAAGAAAGAGGUGACGAUACUAAGAUGCUGAAAAACGAAAAAUGGUUGACUGAUUUGGCAUUUUUGACAGACAUCACAAUGCAUUUAAACACCAUCAAUUUUCAGCUUCAAGCAGAAGAUAAAUAUCCGAAUCUGAGGCAAAUUGCCCUUCAACUGACGACAAUGUUCGGAUCAACUUACUUGUGCGAGUCUGCAUUUUCUGAAAUGAAGAUAAUUAAGUCAAAGUAUCGCAAUCGACUAACUGACGAACAUAUGUCAUCAUGCUUGAGAUUAGCACUCGGUAAUUAUGUACCAUCUUAUGAAAAGUAUGCUGAGGACAUGCAGUGCCACGCUUCAACAUCCAAAGUUACUCUUUAGUUAAGUUUAACACUCUUUUGUUUUGUAAUAACCAAUAAACUCAUAAUUUUAAAUAACAA